CAAUACACUUGCAAGACUCAAGAGUUAUGGAGAGAAACAGACCCAUAUAUGUCAGAUCGACGAUUGUGUCUGUGGAGCAGAAGAGUAGUAACCAAUGGCAGCUAACAGAUGAAGGGAAAUCUGUGGUAGAUAAUGGCAGCCAUGAAGCAAUUGUGUUCAACACCAUACCCUCUGAUGGGAUGCUUCAGGGUGAACUCAUGAGUUCUGUACCCAACGCUAAAAUAGGAUUUAGUAAAGCCAUGUCAGCUGGAUGGAUUCGAAUGGACAAGAAAGCUGAGGGCGGACCCAGGGUAUUCCGGAAGGUGGAGUCAAUACAAGAUAGCGUGAAGGAGUGUCUGGAAAAGAUCCGCAGCCUCAAUCUUGAUGGGAUAACAGAUGCUCAAAAAGCUGAAUUUAAGAAACGUAAACUCAUCACGUCUGUGAAAGUCAACAGCUUCUAUGUCACUAAAGGUGAAGGCUUCACCUUGGAUAUUGAAAAACUAGAGGCUGAUCUAACAGCUGAAAUGAUGGCCAAUGGAUCAUGGAAGAAGAAAACUUUCAAACCAUACAACUUUAAAGCUCUAGGAAUCAUGCCACCAUCAGGACAUCUGCACCCGUUGCUCAAAGUGCGUGCUCAGUACAGACAGAUUUUUUUAGAAAUGGGGUUUGCGGAAAUGCCAACAAAUAACUUCAUUGAAUGCAGCUUCUGGAACUUUGAUUCCCUCUUCCAGCCACAACAACAUCCAGCCAGAGAUGCUCACGACACCUUCUUCAUAUCAGACCCAGCCAAUGCACAUGAUUUCCCUAAAGAUUACUUAGAGAGGGUGAAGAAGACACAUUCUGAAGGAGGAUAUGGAUCUCAGGGGUACAAAUACGACUGGAAAAUAGAAGAAGCUCAGAAAAACAUAUUGCGAACUCACACCACAGCUGUCAGUGCUAGAAUGCUGUAUAAAUUAGCACAACAGAAAAAAUUCACACCUGUGAAAUAUUUCUCCAUUGAUCGAGUGUUCCGAAAUGAGACGCUAGAUGCUACCCAUUUAGCAGAAUUUCACCAGAUUGAGGGAGUUGUAGCUGAUUAUGGCCUUACACUGGGGGACCUAAUGGGCAUCAUAUAUGAAUUCUUCAAGAAGCUAGGUAUAACACAGCUACGUUUCAAACCAGCAUAUAACCCCUACACAGAACCAAGCAUGGAGAUUUUCAGCUUCCACAAGGGUCUUAAAAAGUGGGUGGAGAUUGGAAACUCAGGCGUUUUCCGACCAGAAAUGCUCUUACCUAUGGGAUUACCAGAAGAUGUUUCUGUCAUUGCCUGGGGUCUUUCAUUAGAAAGGCCCACAAUGAUCAAAUAUGGCAUAGACAAUAUCCGAGACCUAAUUGGACCCAAGGUUAACCUUCAGAUGGUGUAUGACAAUCCCAUAUGCCGACUUGACAAAUGAUUAAAAUUACAUGAAGAGCUAAAUUUAUACCACAUAAUUUAUUGAUGUCUGGAGAGGGCAAGUGCAAACUGGGACCAGUCAUUUGAAACUGCAAGAUUAUGACCUUUUGGAAGAAUGGCAAGAUUAAUUGUCAACAUAUGUACAGCUCCUUUGUUAAUGGAUUAUAUCAUAAGUAUAUUAUGCUGUUGCUAUGUGCUUUGCAUGAGUAUCUUAAAUCAAACUGCUGAAGAUAAUAAGAUACUUGCAACUUAGGGAAUACUACACACACUGCAUUUUAUAAUAAGUCCUUAACAGACAGACCUACAUGUGUAGUAAAUAAAGAACAUUGUCUAACCUCUGAAUAGCCAAAGUUCUGGAUUCAGCUCUUCAAAAUUAUAUUGUCAUGACAACUGGUCAGAGGUUUAAUGCAAUUUUAGGUCCCUGUGAUUGCCCAUAUAGAGUUAUGUCCACUUCUCAGCUCAAAUCAAAUAACAUUCACAGGUUUUGAUAAUACAAAUCCACCUGUUCAAGUGUCAGUAGAAUUUCGAUAAUUGUUUUAGCAAUAUGUUCUCUUCUACAUGGACCUCUGGAUUUGAAUCUUGUUCCACUUCUACAAAUUCUAGUCCGUGGCAGGUCAAAUCAUUAUUUCCUGCGUAUUAGAGUUUUUCAGCCAUUUUGCUUUUAACUACCCUAAUUCUUCUAAAAUUUGGGACAAACCCCCACUUUACUCAUAAAAUUUAGGACAGAUAUUAGUAGUGGUGAAAGUAGAAUAUUACAUUUCUUUACCAGCCUUUUGGAAAAGUAAAGAUGAUUGUUAUUCAUUAGAUGGUUUAUAAACCAUGUCAGAAAAAAGAACCUCAGUAUUCCUGCUAGAAUUUAUAUAUAUAUAUAUAUUGGCUGAAAUGAGCAGACCAGGUGUCCGAAAUUUUAGAAGGAAUAGGGUACUGCUUUGUGGUGUUGAUAGUCCAAUAGUGUCUUUCAAAAUUUUAGGUGCAGAAGAGUGUUCAAGGGCAGAUUCUAUAACUAACUUUAGUUGCAAACAAAUAUAAAUCAAAAACAUAAUCUUCAUAAUGUAGUUGCUGUUAGAUGACUAAAACUGUUUCAUCAUGCUUUAACCAAGGUCGUCUUCUGCUGUUCUGAUAGAGACUUGAGGGAUAAUAAAGACUGAUACAAGUUUGUUAGUGUCUAUACUUCCUCAGGGUGCUGGCUUUUGAGUGACAAACCCCUACUUCGCACACCAUGUGCAAGUAAGUGAUAGGUGUUGCCUACAUACACUAAUGUCGGCUGUAUGUGAAUUUCAUCUAUUUGAAUGUAGAAAAUAAAACCACUUUGUAUAUACAUGUAAUAGAGUGAAUACAUGUGUUUUUACUGAAUCAAAAAAUAAUUGCUUGUUAUGGUCAAACUGGCACAGUAUCUGCUUCCACAAAAUGUUGUGGAUCAUUGUUCCUGUAAAAGGCAUU